GAACUAGAUCUAGAUCUAGAUGUAGAUUCUAAUUUGUGUUGUUUCCAUUACAAUUUACACUUAUGAAUGAUGACUUGGAGUCUGUUUAAAUGUGAUGUUACGGACAAUUAGAUUAAUAAGCAGAGGUUGAGAUCCACUAAAAGUUCCAUGAUGGCUGAGACAAGUCAUGGUGCUACUCUUGCUCUGAGCUGUAUAUUAAAACAACUGAAAGAUGAAAUUGAUGAAUCAGAUUUGUUUGCGCAACAAUGGGAAGAACAAGACUUUAAGGUGCCAAACCUAGAAAUUGAGAAGAUUGAAGAAGAACAAUCAGCCCCGUGUAGACAGCAAUCAGAAAGCAGUCCCUGUGCUCAAACUUCAGAUUCAAACUCCAGACAUCAGGAAAUUGCUGUAAAGCAAGAGAUGGAAAUGAAUGAUUGUACAGAUAGUAAUAAACCAUGGACAUUUGCUUCUAAACUAUUGGAAGUGUCAAUGAAAGCAGACAACAGACUUUACCCUGUACCUAUCAUAAUGCCUGGACACGCCACUGUCACCGAAGUGUCUGAGAUUCAGCAGAUACAGGAACUCAUAUCCAAAAGAGAUUCAGAAAGCUGUUCAUUCACGACAAUCAAAAAGGAGGACAAGAAACAAAACCAUCCCAACGAGGCUACUUUAGACAACGAAAUGCAGCUUUCUUCUUGCCAUCCAAUAGAAAAUCACCAGUGUAAAAUAUGUCUAAAAGAACACUCUGACGCCUCAUGUUGUAAACAACACCAGCAAAUUCAUACUGGUGAAAAACAUUUCAAAUGUCCAAUAUGUCCAAAAACAUUUUCUCAGUCACAAUAUUUAAAAAAGCACCAGAGAAUUCAUAGUGGUGUAAAACCCUUCAAAUGUCAGAUAUGUCUAAAAGAAUUUUCUCAGUCUUAUAAUUUAAAAGAACACCAGAGAAUUCAUACUGGUGAAAAACAUUUCCAAUGUCCAAUAUGUCUAAAAGAAUUUACUCAGACUUCUGCUUUAAAAAACCACCAGCGAGUACAUACUGGUGUAAAACCCUUCAAAUGUCAGAUAUGUCUAAAAGAAUUUUCAAAGUCUUAUAAUUUAAAAGAACACCAGCAAAUUCAUACUGGUGAAAAAUGUUUCCAAUGUCCAAUAUGUCAAAAAACAUUUUCUCUAUCUCAUUAUUUAAAAAAGCACCAGCGAGUACAUACUGGUGUAAAACCCUUCAAAUGUCAGAUAUGUCUAAAGGAAUUUACUCAGUCUUAUACUUUAAAAAAACACAAACUAAUUCAUAUGGGUGAAAAACAUUUCAAAUGUCAAGUAUGUCUAAAAGAAUUUUCACACCUUCAUAAUUUCAAAAUGCACCAGCGAGUUCAUACUGGUGAAAAUCCUUUCAAAUGUCAAACAUGUCUUAAAACUUUUUCUAAGUCACGGUUUUUAAAAAAGCACCAACUAAUUCAUACUGGUGAAAAACCUUUCAAAUGUCAGAUAUGUCUAAAGGAAUUUUCUCAGUCUUAUAAAUUAAAAGAACACCAAAGAAUUCAUACUGGUGAAAAACCUUUUAAAUGUCAAAUGUGUCUUAAAACUUUUUCUCAGUCUUCUAAUUUAAAAGAACACCAAAGAAUUCAUACUGGUGAAAAACCUUUUAAAUGUCAAAUAUGUCUUAAAACUUUUUCUCAGUCACGGGUUUUAAAAAAGCACCAACAAAUUCAUACUGGUGAAAAACCUUUCAAAUGUCUAAUAUGUCUAAAAGAAUUUUCUGAGUCUUGUAAUUUAAAACGGCACCAGAGAAUUCAUACUGGUGAAAAACCUUUUCAAUGUCAAAUAUGUCUUAAAACCUUUUCUCGGUCAUGGUUUUUAAAAAAGCACCAACUAGUUCAUACUGGUGAAAAACCUUUCAAAUGUCAAAUAUGUCCGAAAGAAUUUUCUCAGUCUUAUGAUUUAAAAACCCACCAGCGAGUACAUACUGGUGAAAAACCUUUCAAAUGUCAAAUAUGUUUAAAAGGAUUUUCUAAGUCUCAAAAUUUAAAAUCACAUCAGCGAAUUCAUACUGGCGAAAAACCUUUUAAAUGUCAAGUAUGUCUAAAAGAAUUUUCUAAGUCUCAAAACUUAAAAGAACACCAGAGAAUUCAUACUGGUGAAAAAUCUUUAAAAUGUCAUAUAUGUCUUAAAAUAUUUUCCCACUCUCAAGUUUUAAAAGAGCACCUGCUAAUUCAUACUGGUAGAGAAUUUUUUCAGCCUCAUGAUUUAAAAGAACAGCUGUUAAUUCAUACCCGUGAAAAACCUUUCAAAUGUGAAAUAUGCCUAAUACAAUUUUCUCAGCGUCAUAAUUUAGAAAAGCACCAGCAAAAUCAUACUAAUGAAAUAAAUUUAAAAUGUCAAACAUGUCUAAAAGAAUUUUCUCAGCCUUCUUCUUUAAGAAAACACCAGCGAAUUCAUACUGGUAAAAAACCUUUUAAAUGUCAAAUAUGUCUAAAAGAAUUUUCUCAGGCAUAUAAUUUAAAAGAACAUCAGCAUGUUCAUACUGGUGUAAAACCUUUCAAAUGUCAAGUAUGUCUAAAAGAAUUUUUUCAUUCUUCAACUUUAAAAAAGCACCAGCUGAUUCAUACAAGUGAAAAACCGUUCAAAUGUCAGAUUUGCCUAAUAGAAUUUUCUCAGUCUUGUAAUUUAAAAAAGCACCAUCGAGUUCAUACUGGUGAAAAACCUUUCAAAUGUCAAGUAUGUCUAAAAGAAUUUUCUCAGGCUGGUCAUUUAAAAGAGCACCAGCGAAUUCAUACUGGUGAAAAACCUUUUAAAUGUCAAGUAUGUCUAAAAGAAUUUUGUAAGUCUCAAAAUUUUAAAAAGCACCAGCGAAUUCAUACUGUUGAGAAAUCCUUGUCAAGUCCAAUCAAUUAAAUAGAUCUUCUGGUUAUUGAUUGAAUUAAUGAUUGAAUUAAUCACGUAUUGAUUGAAACUGUUGAAUAUCUUUAAAAAUGUUACUGGUGAUACAGUAUGUCAGAAGUGAAUGUCAAUUUGUCAAGCAGGGAUGUUUGGCUUUGCAAGUAAAUUUUCUCCAACUGGAGUUGUGCUGUAGUAUGGUUUCAUCAGGACCCACAAAUGAGUUUUUAAACAAAAUAGAAAAAGAAUAAAUAUGUAUAAAACAUU